GCCGCCAAUGACGGCAUGCGGCAGCUAGCGGCGGAAGGUGCGCGGCCGUCGCCAGUCGCCGCCGCCCGUCCCUCCUCUCGUGCCCAGUUUGUUUACACUGGUGCCGCCGAGGACAUGGGCCGACAGACACUCGCUCUCUUGUUCCUCGCUCUGCUGGCGGCGUCCUCCACCCACGGGUCGAGGAGAGAUGGAGGCGGCCUUGGGGAAGCGAAGGAGAGCUGGGGCUACGUGAGUGUUCGCCCCGGGGCCCACAUGUUCUUCUGGCUCUACUACACCACGGCCACAGGGGACUACCGCUCACGCCCCCUGGUGGUGUGGCUGCAGGGAGGGCCCGGGGCUUCCUCUACGGGCAUCGGGAACUUCCUUGAGAUCGGCCCCCAGGAUGCGAGUCUCAAGAAUCGGACGAAUGCCUGGACCAAGGAGGUGAACGUGCUCUUCGUGGACAACCCGGUGGGCACAGGCUACAGCUACGUGCAGGAUCCCAAGCUGCUGCCCACCAACAACUCUGCCAUCGCCACCGACCUUGUUAACUUCAUGGGCGCAUUCUUCAAAAAGGUGCCAGAGUUCGAGAAGGUGCCUCUGUACAUCUUCACGGAGUCCUAUGGCGGCAAGAUGGGGGCCAGGUUUGCACAGGCUCUCAGCAAGGCGGUGCUCCAGAAGAAGGUGCGGUGCCAGCUGGCGGGUCUUGUCAUGGGGGACUCCUGGAUCUCUCCCGUGGAUGCUGUCAAGGCUUGGGGCCCAUACCUCUAUGCCACGUCCCUGAUUGACUCGGCCGGGAUGGCUUCCGUUGACGCCAAGACCGACGAGGUGGCCGCCGCAGUGAAGGCCGGCAAGAUGACUGACUCGACCAAGCUGUGGGGCGAGGCGGAGCAGCUCAUCGAGAGGGUCACCAAUGGAGUCAACUUCUACAACAUCCUGAAGACGCCCAACAACUCCUCCACUGCCAACCACAUCACGGGGACCACAACUCCACUGCCAAUAAGGGACAACCACACUUUCAAGACCCCGGAAGUUGCAUACCUGUACUACCAUCAUGUGGGCCGAAUCUCUGCAACCCUGGACGCCUUGAUGAACGGGCCAAUCAAGCAGAAGCUCAAGGUUGUUCCCGCCAACGUCACCUGGGGAGGCCAGAGUGAGGAGGUGUUUGACGCCCUCUCGGCAGACUUCAUGACCUCGGCCAUCCCAAAUGUGGAGAUGCUGCUGAACACAACCUCCCUCAAGGUGGUGGUGUACAACGGCCAGCUGGACCUCAUCGUGUGCACGCCAGGUGCCCAGAAGUGGGUUGAGAACAUGCACUGGGCCGGCACCAAGCAGUGGGUGCAGUCCACCAGGAAGCCGAUGGUGGACAGCACAGGCGGCACCAUGGCCUUCUCAAAGUCCUUCAAGAAUUUCAGCUUCUACUGGAUUCUCAAUGCUGGGCACAUGGUUCCCGCAGAUGCCAGUGACGUGGCCAUGCGGGUGAUGGAGGAGAUCGUGGGCACCAAGAAGUAGCCCACACGCUGGCCUCACAGGUGCUUGGUGAGCUGCACAACAGGUACGGCUCCUUAGCAAUGCACGUGCACCAUUCCAACUUGUACCAUCAGAGAAGAAAACAACCCUAAAAUCUGAGUUGCAGUAUAAAAAAGAAAAGCAAGUUAAGGCUAGAUAAAGAUGGAUAAUCAUGCUUGACUUUGUGAUUACUUUUUACAAUUGAACUCAACUUGUCAGGGUAUUUUUGUCCUUGAUACAAGUGCUAAUUGGAAUGGUGUCUGUGGGUUGUUAAGUGUGGCCUACCUGUGUGUGUGGCUGGGGCAGGUAUGGCUGGGAGGCUGAACCAACAGUAUUAACAUUGAUCAUUUGCAUACUUCCAUGUCUUCAAAAGGGUUCACUUAGUCUAGUAUGUAAGUUGGGCUUGGGCAUGAGCUUUGCAUAGCAUAUCACACUAUAUUGGAGGCAAAGCAAUGCCAUUUUACUCUGAGCCAUUGUGAUACAUUAACCCACAGGGAUAGCAUUAGUGAGCUGAUUCUGGGUCACUAGUUGUGCUGUGACCUGUGAGUCCAACCUAGGUCAUUAGUUAUGUUGUGAGGUCAAUGCAAAUAGCGUGUGUGUGAGCCGGGUGCGUGUGAGUCAUGGGGGUUACAAUAAUUACUCUGUUCAUGUCCUGGGUGGCUGGGGUUCAACAUUACCAGAUUGUCGUUCUUUGCCUUCUAUGUCUGCCGAUUUCCAACCCAAAAACUGCUUCCAUCACCCAAAUAACUGCCUUCAUAUAUGGUUGAUUAUUGGUGUUUCUUGGCAACAGUUACGGGCCAGAAACCAGUAAAUACGCGGCUCUGAGUACGAUAAUCUGGCAACGGUGCUGGGGCCUGAAGGAGUGGCUGAAGGCAAAGCAGGUUGUUCAGUAAGCUUGUCCACAUAUCAGUCGCUCAUCAUUCAGACAUAUCAAUCAGUCGCUCAUCAUUCAGGCAUAUUAAUCAGUCGCUCAUCAUUCAGGCAUAUCAAUAAUCCGAAUGACAUUUAUUUGUGAUAGUGAGAAGCAAUUAGUUGUAGUUAAGCAGAGAUGCCUUUUGAACAACUGGAUGUGAAAGGAAUAGUUAGAUAUUAAGAAGCACAAAGUUCAUAGAUAGAAAGGCUGUGCGGGGGAUUAUCAAGGUUAUGUAGGAAGGUGUUUGUAUCGUUGUGAAGAGAACUCGUAAACAAGACGGAGAAGAGGUGCUCAUUUUCUUGCCUUCUCGUGUAGUAACCAUGUAAAAGAACGAGGGAAUUUAUAGUGCAUGCUCCUUUAGUGGCCAUUCUAAUUAGUGAUCAUGACAAGAAUUAAACAACAACAACCUGGAGAACUUAAGCAGAGGUAUGAAAAUAAUAACUGUCAAAAUAAUAGGAAGUAGUAAUAUUAAUUUUGACGAGUAUUUAUUUUCUUUACGCCUGACCUUCAAUUCCCAGGGUAUUAGAUUAGAAGAAUUAGAUUGGUGCAUGUAGUUAGAUAAGUGAAAAUAUCCUGCCGAGGAAUGAAAAAUGAUCUGUGGUUUUACUGUUACAAGGAAGACGUAAAGGAUAAGAUGAAGGAUAAUAGGAUGAUGAUGAUAAGAUGAAGGAUAAUAGGAUGAUGAUGAUAAGAUGAAGGAUAAUAGGAUGAUGAUGAUAAGAUGAAGGAUAAUAGGAUAAUACUAAGAUAAAGGAUAAUAGGAUGAUGUUAAGACAAUAAGGACUUGAUAAAUUGGAAGGUAUACAUUGUGAAGGUGGAUUCAAGGCAUUACUACAUAUAAAGGAAGAGUGUGAUGGUCUCGUUGAUAUGUGAUGCAUUAUAUAUUAAUAAUUGUUUAAUAAAGGUACUAUUAUAA